AUGGCAGAAGAGCGGCCGGGACUCACCGCGGGCCAGCGGCUCAACGCCCUGCCAGACCACUCGCCGCUGCUGCAGCCAGGCCUGGCUGAACUGCGGCACCGGGCCCUGGAGGCCGGCAUUUCACUCGCACACCUUCCGCUCUCCGACUCCUUCCUGCUGCGGUUUCUCCGCGCUCGGGACUUCGACCUGGACCUGGCCUGGCGGUUACUAAAAAACUAUUAUAAGUGGAGAGAAGAAUGUCCAGAAAUAAGUGCAGACCUACACCCUAGAAGUAUCCUUGGCCUUCUGAAGGCAGGCUACCUUGGAGUCUUGAGAUCCAGGGAUCCCACCGGCAGCAAAGUUCUUAUUUACAGAAUUGCAUACUGGGACCCAAAAGUUUUCACAGCUUAUGAUGCAUUUCGUGUAAGUUUAAUCACAUCGGAGCUUAUUGUACAGGAGGUAGAGACUCAACGGAAUGGAGUCAAGGCUAUCUUUGAUCUAGAAGGCUGGCAGUUUUCUCAUGCUUUUCAAAUUACUCCAUCUGUAGCCAAGAAGAUUGCUUCUGUGCUUACAGAUUCCUUUCCAUUAAAAGUUCGUGGCAUCCAUUUGAUAAAUGAGCCAAUAGUUUUUCAUGCUGUCUUUUCCAUGAUUAAACCAUUUCUAACUGAAAAAAUUAAGGACCGGAUUCACAUGCACGGAAAUGAUUACAAAGAAAACUUACUUCAGCAUUUUCCAGACAUCCUACCUGUGGAAUAUGGUGGUGAAGAAUUCUCCAUGGAGGACAUUUGUCAGGAGUGGACAAAUUUUAUAAUGAAAUCUGAAGAGUAUCUUCAUAGCAUUUCUCAGAGCAGUUGA